AUGAACAGCAAAGUUGGGCCUCACGAUGACGGUUGCAAACCCAACCCAUCACAGACUCCCAAGUCAAUCCUUGGAUUUUCAUCUAUUCUUCUUUCUCCCCAUGACUUCUUGAGCAUCUCAUGGUUUCCAAUCACACUCCACCUUCUCAACGUCCCUCCACUUGACUUGACCGUUGACGAUCUCCAUUCCAGUACCCGGUGCGGCGGUGGGUCAUUACGGUGGGGGAUGGCGCUUACCUUAAUUCUCAUUAACUCAUGGCCUCUCACGCUCGUCGCGGCGUUCCAUGCAAGGAGUCGAAUCUUCUCCAGAUUUGUGGAUUGA